AUGUCGAAAUUGUGGAUAUUGCUGCUGUUCGCAUUGCUCCUCAAUGCGCUGGAGAUGACGUUAGCGCGAGGAGGAGGAGGCGGUGGCGGUGGAGGACACGGCGGUGGCGGCGGACACGGUGGUGGAGGACACGGCGGCGGAGGUCGUGGCGGCGGCUUCGGCGGCGGGCGUGGCGGUGGAAGACCUGGCGGCUUUGGAGGAGGAAGACCUGGCGGCUUUGGAGGCGGACGGCCUGGCGGCUUUGGAGGACCACCAAGAGGAGGCUUUGGAGGACCACCAAGAGGUGGCUAUGGGCGACCAUACGGCGGCUAUGGCUAUGGCGGCUAUCGACCCUAUGGCUACGGUGGCAUAGGACUCGGCGUUCUGCCGGUGCCCGUUCCUGUGUCAUAUCCAUGUCGCCGUGCAUAUCCCUAUGACUAUGACUAUUACGACAGCUAUUAUUGCUGA